GUGACCGGAAACGGAAGCCCAAGAUGUCUUCAGUCGUAGCGGCAUGGCGGCGAAUCUGACGACUAUGUUGACAUAGUUCAUUUUCUUUCUGUUGGUUAAGUUUAGCUUUGCUUAGAAUCAUGCCUCGUUACGCUCAACUCGUCAUGGGCCCGGCUGGCAGUGGGAAGAGUACUUACUGCUCCACGUUGGUCCAGCACUGUGAAGUCCUCAAUCGCUCGGUCCAGGUGGUGAACUUGGAUCCUGCCGCCGAGUACUUUAAUUAUCCAGUCAUGGCAGAUAUCCGAGAGCUGAUACAAGUAGACGAUGUAAUGGAGGAUGACUCUUUGAGGUUUGGACCCAAUGGAGGACUCGUGUUCUGCAUGGAGUAUUUUGCUAAUAACUUUGACUGGCUAGAAGACUGCCUUGGGCAUGUGGAGGACGAUUACAUCUUAUUUGACUGUCCAGGUCAGAUUGAGCUCUACACUCACCUACCCGUCAUGAAGCACCUGGUAGAGCAGCUUCAGCAGUGGGAGUUCCGGGUGUGCGGAGUCUUUCUGGUCGAUUCCCAGUUCAUGGUGGAGUCCUUUAAGUUCCUCUCGGGAGUUAUGGCUGCAUUAAGUGCAAUGGUGUCGCUAGAAAUCCCGCAGAUCAACAUCAUGACAAAGAUGGACCUACUAAGCAAAACGGCCAAAAAGGAAAUUGAGAAAUUUUUGGAUCCAGACAUGUACUCUUUUAUUGAAGAUAACAGCACAACCAUAAGAAGUGCCAAGUUCCAGAAAUUAACGAAAGCUAUCUGUGGACUGAUUGACGACUACAGCAUGGUGCGUUUCCUGCCUUUUGAUCGCACAGAUGAGGAGGGCAUCAACAUCGUCCUGCAGCAUGUCGACUUUGCCAUUCAGUACGGAGAGGAUUUAGAAGUUAAAGAGCCGAGGGAAGAAGAGCCUGAAGAGGACACCAACUAUGACCGGUUCUUUCAAGACGGAAUUCCAGAAUAAAAAAUAAUAAAAGGAGAUCGGCCAUCGUAGACUUUUGGCUUCUAUUUUUUUUUAAUUUCCAACCAGAAUGACUUGCUACAACAAACGACACCUCUUGAAGUUGUCUUGAAAGGUUGAAUGGCCUUUCCUUAAGAUGGAGUCUCUAGGUAUUUUUGAAUUAAAAGUCAAGGAUCAACUGAAAUGAGCAACAGUGGCGCUGCAGUAAGGAGAGCACUAAAGCCACGUGAAGCGCCGCACGCAGGCCGGCGUUGUGGAGUGUGAUGUGUGUCACCCUGGAGGUUUGGAUCAUAGACAUGUUAACUAUUAAUGCAGAGAGCACUUGAAACACCAUCGGCACACACGGUGUGGGCAACCCCAGGGUGCAAACAGUCCCAUUUUAGUCACAUUUAUCAUUAGUAUAAAAAAAUAUUUGGUGGGGUGGGACUGACCAAUUGUGUUACAUAAAAGCAUUUAAAAGUAAUAAGGAGUAGAGCAUAUCUAAAGAGACGUUAAGUGAAGGUGGCCUGUAGCCCGCCAGCCUUGUGUGAUGGCCUGUCAUUGUGGAGAAACCAAAAGGAGACGUGGGCUGCUUUUUGUUGGACUGCAUGAGCGACGUGUGAUCAUCUUUGAGGUGCAAGGGUUUUAUUCCUUUUAUUUUUAAAUUGUGUCUCUUUGUCAGUCUGCGUGUCGAGUGCACAUCUCCAAAGUAAAUUUAUUUGUAUUUUUUCAGUUGAGACUUUAGUGUGUGUUACCUUCACCUCUUCACACACUUGUGUUUUAUGCCACUCUGUUACUGUUUGUGUUUUAGCCUGCUGUCGAUGCCUCGCCCCGCAGCAUUUCAACUUGACAUUAGGACUGCCACUCUAAUUAUAUUAGUUUUUAAUUUAACUUGUAAAUACACUUUAUUUUUCUAUGUAUGUGAAAUGU